CUCCCUCUGGCCGGCCGCCCCAGCCCUGGCCCCAUCAUGGAUCGGAUGAAGAAGAUCAAGAGGCAGCUCUCAAUGACCCUGCGGGGGAGCCGGACAGCCGAGAAGAACCUCAAUGAGCAGAUCAACAUCGAGGAGAACAACAGCAGUGACACUGGCCUGGAGGGGAAGAGCGGGCGUCCCUGGGGCGCCUCGCGCAGCGUCUAUUCCUUCCUGCAGCGCCGGCCGCGCCUGGGCAUGACCCGCAGCCUGAGCGCCCACCUCGCCCGUGCCAGCCGACUAGAGAUGGUGCAGGAGGACGUGAAGAUGGGCUCCGACGGGGAGAGUGACCAGGCGUCCGGCACUUCGUCCGACGAGAUCCAGUCCCCCGUGCGUGUCCGCAUGCGCCACAGCUCGGCCCGCAAGAUCUCCUCUGAGGACAUCAACAAGCGGCUCUCGCUGCCAGCCGACAUCCGCCUGCCUGAGGGCUGCCUGGAGAAGCUGGCGCUGAACAGCCCCUUGUUCGAGCAGCCCCUCAGCCGGCGCCUGCGCCGUGUCUCGCUGUCUGAGAUCGGCUUCGGGAAGCUGGAGACCUAUGUGAAGCUGGACAAACUGGGAGAGGGGACAUACGCCACCGUCUAUAAGGGCAAGAGCAAACUGACAGACAACCUGGUGGCGCUGAAGGAAAUUCGCCUGGAGCACGAGGAGGGGGCGCCCUGCACAGCCAUCCGGGAAGUGUCCUUGCUGAAGGACCUGAAACACGCCAACAUCGUCACCCUGCAUGACAUCAUCCACACGGAGAAGUCGCUGACCCUGGUCUUCGAGUACCUGGACAAGGACCUGAAGCAGUACCUGGAUGACUGUGGCAACCUCAUCAACAUGCACAACGUCAAGCUCUUCCUGUUCCAGCUGCUGCGGGGCCUGGCGUACUGCCACCGCCAGAAGGUGCUGCACCGCGACCUCAAACCCCAGAACCUGCUUAUCAAUGAGCGGGGCGAGCUCAAGCUGGCCGACUUCGGUCUAGCGCGGGCCAAGUCCAUCCCCACCAAGACGUACUCCAACGAGGUGGUGACGCUCUGGUACCGGCCCCCCGACAUCCUGCUGGGCUCCACCGAGUACUCCACGCAGAUCGACAUGUGGGGCGUGGGCUGCAUAUUCUAUGAGAUGUCCACGGGCCGCCCGCUCUUCCCUGGCUCCACUGUGGAGGAACAACUGCACUUCAUCUUCCGCAUUCUCGUCCCCCCAAGCCCACAGCCAGCUUCCAGUGACCCCACCUCAGACACCCCCGUUCGCAUCCCCCUCCUGGGUCUCAGGUUAUAA